AUGGUUCUAAAGACAUUCGAUGUUUCUGGUAGUACUCUGAUAAAGGCAGAAAUAUUAACACCACAUUCAUUUGCACCAUUUGGAGGAGUAAUUAGUGCAGAUCAUCAAAUUGCAAAUGCUCCAUCUUCCAGUGCAAAUUAUGGUACUGCCAUAAAACUUCAUAAAGUUGCACCAAUUGUUAACAAUUAUUCAGAUUCUUCAAGUGGUACACCUGCCACAGCCAAUUGGAAUAUAUUUAGAUGUAAAGCUCCUACACAUUUAAUUAAAACUAACGGUAAAGAGAAAACCUAUUUAUCAAAAGUUCUUGAAAGACAUCCAUUUUCUACUCAAACUUUCCUACCAUUAGGUCAAAAAGCUCAACAGGCUUCUUAUCUUGUAAUAGUCACUAAAAGUGAUCCAUCAACAUCAUUGCCAGAUCCAACUGAGUUGAAGGCCUUUAUAUGCUAUGGAAACCAGUCCAUUACUUAUGGAGUUGGUACUUGGCAUGCUCCCAUGGUGGUAAUUGAUGAAAAUGUACCGCACAUUGAUUUCGCAGUAUUGAUCCAUGAGAAUGGAAUUUCCGAAGAAGAUUGUCAAGAAUGUUAUUUUGAGCCUGGGUUUAAUAUUGAAUAUUCUAUAGAUUAUAAAUAG